CAGCGCCGCCGCCCUCCGUGCUAAGCCGGCCCGGGCCGCAGGGAGAGGGCCGUCUCCUCCCCGCCGGGCGCGGGGCUUCUCCCUCGGGGGACGCCGGAGCGGCCGCCCGGGCCCGCGAUGUGACCAUGGACAGCAGGUUCAAGGAGAAUCCAGAACGUACCUUUGAUUUGGUACUGAAGGUGAAAUGCCAAGCAUCUGAAAAUGAAGAUCCAGUGGUACUGUGGAAGUUCCCGGAGGACUUUGGAGACCAGGAAGUGCUGAACAGUGUUCCAAAGUUCUGCUUUCCUUUUGACGUCGAAAGGGUGUCCCAAAACCAAGUUGGACAGCAUUUCACUUUUGUGCUCACCGACAUUGAAAGUAAGCAACGGUUUGGAUUUUGCCGUUUGACGUCUGGAGGCAAAGUCUGCCUCUGUAUUCUGAGUUACCUACCCUGGUUUGAAGUAUACUAUAAGCUUUUAAAUACUCUGGCAGAUUAUUUGGCUAAAGAGCAGGAAAAUGACUCAAAGGAUUUGUUAAAAUCUUUGUAUAGCCAUCCUGUGCCAAAGGCAAAUGCUUUGGUCAGUUUAAGUGUGAACCAAGAGAUGAUUUUUGCAAGUAAGCAAGUUUUGAAAAAACAGCCUUGCCUUGUGUCGCACUUGUAUUUCAUUACUCCUGAUAUAACUGGAUUGCCAACAAUCCCUGAAAGUAGAAACCUCACUGAGUAUUUUGUUGCUGUGGAUGUGAACAACAUGCUGCAACUUUAUGCCAGUAUGUUGCAUGAGAGAAGAAUCAUUAUUACCUCGAGCAAACUAAGCACUUUAACUGCUUGUGUUCAUGCAUCAGCUGCGUUAUUGUAUCCCAUGUAUUGGCAGCACAUUUACAUCCCAGUGCUUCCUCCGCAUCUCCUGGACUACUGCUGUGCACCCAUGCCUUAUUUAAUUGGCGUCCACUUAAGCUUAAUAGAGAGAGUGAAAAAUAGAUCACUGGAAGAUGUGGUUUUGCUAAACGUUGACACAAACAAUCUAGAAAACCCUUUUAAUGACCUGAGCAACCUACCCGGUGAAGUGGUCUCGGCCUUGAAAAAUAAACUGAAAAAGCAGUCUACAGCUACGGGUGACGGAGUAGCCAAGGCGUUUCUUCGGGCACAGGCAUCACUGUUUGGAUCCUACAGAGAUGCACUGAGAUACAAACCAGGAGAACCUAUAACUUUCUGUGAGAAUAGUUUUGUGAAGCAUCGUUCCAGUACUACUAAACAGUUCCUGGAAACUGCUGUUAACCUUCAGCUGUUUAAACAGUUUAUUGAUGGUCGACUAUCAAAAUUAAAUGCAGGAAGGGGAUUCUCUGAUGUCUUUGAAGAAGAAAUCACAACAGGAGGAUUUUGUGGAGGAAAUUCGAGAUCUUACCAGCAAUGGAUGUAUACUGUGAAGAAAGGCGGUGCACUGAUCAACACAGCAAUGACCAAAGCCACUCCGGCUGUGAAAACAGCAUACAAAAUUGCAAAAAAUCACGCAAGGCAAGGAAUAAAAGAAGUGAGGAGUAAGUUGAAACAUAAGGAGAGUGAGGAAGAUUAUCGAACUUGUGGUGCUGUUGCAGUGCAGAGUGCUCCGGUCUACACAGUGCAUAGCGAGAAAAGAGAGAACUCAGAAAAGCGAAGACUUGCACAGACACGUUUCAACCAGCACCUCAAUAACCAGGAUUUUACCUUGGAUGAAGAUGAUGAUGAUGAAAUAGAGAGAACAAGCAAGUUAUCAUCAGAAGACAGUGAAGAAGCUUCUGCUUGCUUUUAUGAUAGUGAUGAUUCCGGGGACACUGGAAUAACUUCACAGCAACAAGGAGAAAUGGACUUGCUUGGGGAGAUUUUGGACACGCUGAGCACACACAGUUCAGAUCAAGGAAAGCUUUCAGGAGCAAAGAGCCUGGACUUCUUUAGGUCGAUGGAUGACAUUGAUUACAAGACUACGAACAAGUCGAAUGCACCUAGUGAGAGCAACCUGACCCUACUGUGCAGCAGUGCUAAUGACCAAGCAGACUGGAAUCUCGGUCAGGAUGACAGUGUCCUCCAUGGGAAACAACUCCCUCCAUCUCCGAGAAAACAAGUUUCUUCUGGUGGCCAUAGAGAAUCACUCUCAAACCUGAAAGAGGAAAACAGAGAGAAAACCGUUGUUACUGACAAGAUGGACACCACUAGUGGCUGUAUAGCAUCCCCAUCUCCAGUACGAUCAAGUGACCAUUUUGCUUCUCUAGAAGGUUUCAAAGUGGGCUAUAAGUAUGCGAAGCAGAAUGAAACACUAAGCAAUACCUCAGAAGAUCCGCUCGCAGCAAAUCUUGCUCAACAUCCAUCCAUUCUUGUCCCUUGGGAGAAAGAUAGGAAGGAAGGAAGUGAAACUCCAGAUGAGGGAGGGCUUCUUCAGGAAGUGGUAUCUUUAUGUAAGCUGAAUUCUGCUUUUCAUUAUGGUUUAAAUAUUUCAAAGGAUAGCUUAUCCAGCAGUAGCAGUGGAAAUAAAACGUAAGAGAACUACAAGAAGAGGAACUUUACUCCCAUCAGAAGUUUAAAGGGAGACUACUCAGGACUCCAUAUAACGUGGUAACCAAAAUCUGAAAAAGGAAUAAGAGAUUUUCAAUUAUAAAAAACAAUUCUCUUCAAUUCAGUAUGCAUCUUCUGCCACUGGGACAUUUGCUUCUAUGUUUACCCAGUUCUUUUGUUGGCUGUAGUUAGGUCCACAAAAUGGAACUAAAUAUAUAAAUGCACUCUUAAAUCAGGUACUAGUUAGUCUCUGUGCUACAAAUACAGCAGGUGUAUGGUGCUUCCUAGCGUUUACUUCCUCUAAGCAGCAGGAAAGUUAUCACCUAAUAGGUAACCAGGUUUUGAAGGUACUGUAUUAAUCCCAUUAAGCAGGAAACGAACCAAACAAUCUAGAUUUGUUUGAAAUGUACAAAUGUUAAUACUUUUAGUGAAUGAUAAUUGCCUUAAUCUUUUGAGAAGAGGUUUAACUAUCUUAGAAGAUGAAUGCAAAUGUACAAAACAGCAAUAAUGAUACUCCAUGACAAGAAUUUUCUUCAGCAAAGAGGGGGAAAAGGAAGGGUUUUUUUAGAUUGAGGAAUCACUUGUGACUAUAACUUGGAACUUACUGCAAACUUAAACUGUGGCUCUGUCUUCCAGAUUUCAGAAAGGUAGCAUGUGCUUUUCUCUUUUCUGUAAAGUACAUGAAGUGCUGAAUUAUAAUGUGAAGUUUAUUAACUUCUGUUUACAACUAAGACACUUUAAAGGCAUAUUAUCCAGUUUCCAUACGUAGACUAUUUCAUCUACAAAUUUUCAGAAAGGAAAGUGUAAGUGGAAUUGAUAGAUUCCUUUUUUAUUAUUAUUGUUAUUUUCUACAAUCUAUUACUGUUUGGAAACUAAUUUGUGCCUCUUCUGCAACAUUUUCUUUUGAUUCGUAGUACUUUCUGAAAGUAGUUCGAGUUGCUGUUACUUGGAAAUCAUAUUUAGUUAAACUAUUAAAUACUCAUCACUGGGAAAGUCAUGUAACACUAGAAAAUUAAAAUUGCUGAUUCAACCUAAGACAGCUUAUACCCAACUUUCAUCUUAGCCAUUUUCUACACCUAAAAAUCUUUUUAACAAACUUUGUGAAAGAGAAUAAAUGGGCAUACUGCACACUGUAUUUAGAACAAGUAUUUGUCUUCCUCUGGAAGCAUUCCUGAAGAAUAUUUACAUAUUUAAAGUCCAAAAAUUACUCCUGUUAUAUGGGGCAACUCUCAUUUUCACUUCCCUUUUUUUUUUUUGUUUUUGAAUUCACCACUUUUCUUUCUCUACCUCUCCAUCUUACCUUACGUGCAUUCUUUUUUUCAGGAUAGCUCAGCAUAGGAAAGGUGUGAAGUCAAGUUUCAAUAGAUUACCAUUGUCAGCUUUGAAGGAUAUUUGUGAUGCAGUUAACAGAAGUAACACGUGGGUUUUAAAAUGAACUGUGCCUGAGACGAAUGUUCUCCUGCUCUUCUAAACUGGUGCCAGAAGUGUUUUUUUCUUUCUCAUUUUGGCACGAAUGUUUAGUCAUAGCCUCGGCGUAGGCCUGAGUGAGCAACUUAAUGAGGUCAGGAGUUGGAUCAGAUUGCGCUUUAAUAUCUUUCUAGUAGUUUGUAGCAAAAUUUAAUAUCAGUCUCCACGCUGAGAUUUAUGAAUGAAUUUUCCUUCUAGCCAGCACAAAUGGAAAGGGUUUUCUUGACUGCUUUAUUGCAAGGCAGCUGACCUAAGGGAAUGGAUUGAUCUCAUUAGACAGGCAACGUUUGAUGCUUUACUGAAGAGCUGCAAAGGCAUCCCUGCAUAAAGCUUUAAAGCAAAAGUUUCAAUGAUGUGUUCCAAAAUUUUGGUUUGUUUGGGGAGAAGGGGAGACUCAGUACUUGCUGAGGAUAAGGCUCCAGAUACAAUCAGUGCAAGGGAGGUAAAAGGUUGUAAAAGUGGAAAUCUUAGGGAAAAGUCUGCAUCUGAUUAGAGCAUGAGCAUUCCUGAGGGCAUCUGCAAUAUGUAUUGCUGAAGAAUCUCAGUGUUUCUGGAUUAGAGGUUUAAUGUGCUGAGCUCUGUGCGCUGUCCUUUGGUUCACGGUAAUGUGUAACAACAUGCUGUAUAAGCUGGAAAUAGAUUUUUAAAAUUCAUGUAAAAAUGUUAUCUAGCAAAAUAUUUUACACAGUCAAAAGGAGCUAAAUAAUUAAAAAUUAAAAUAAUUAAAUAAUUUUUGUUGUAACCUUUCCAGGAAGGUCAGAGUGUUUGACUCAGGUUCUGUUCAGAUGAGAGCAGCAGGAAAACUUGAUAGAUGGAUACUUGUUGGGAGGUGAUAUUAAUGACACAGUAGAGGACAUUGUUCUUCACUGGUACUAAAGAUUGUCCAAAUGUAGUGCUUCUAAAUGCAUCUAAGGGAAGAAAGCCGAUGCAAAGGUCUGUGUUCUUGUAGAAUUUCUCACUUGUUCUCAUCCACGUCCUCACAAUUUCCAAAAUUUGCCUUUUGCAUCCAAUGCAGUGCUUCUCUCCAUACUUCUAUCUAAGAUGAUCUUGUUAUCUUUGUUUAUUAAAGAUAAUAUUGAUGUCUUAUGCAGGAAAGUUUCAGAACUUCUGGCCAUUGUUCCUUUCAAAUCAAUCAAACACGCAGGUCCAGGAAUGCUGCCAGAAAAUGCUUUUCAGAAAUGUCUAUCUGAUAAAUUAAUCCUGCUGACUUUACAUGAGAGUUAGGCACUGAACUCCUAUUAUCACAUAGAUUGUCCUAUUCUCACCUUUGUGGAAAAAAUAUGGAAGCCAUAUGAGGCUGGUAAUAUUCACAUAGUUAUUAUAAGGAAAGUAAAAUUGAAAACUUGCUAGUGGAUCAAGAUUGAUGCAUCGCAGUAAUAAUUCGCUGUUACAUUGAGUGAAAAAACGAAAUAAAAAGAAAUAAACAGCUGAGUUACAAUAGAUAGGAGAUAAAAUUUAACUUAGAAUUAUUUUUUAUUUCAGUUGCCAUCAAAAUGUUUCUGCUUUCUUUCCUUACUAUUUAUAAAGCUUGUGGGGUGCUUACAGUCACUAAGCGGUAUGUCUUUUUGGUUUUGAACCCUGUAUAUAUUCAAAAAUCUCAGUCAUAUAUCUACAUUGAAUUUAACUGUAGGUACCUUUUUAGAUGUGUAACGUUACAGAAUCUUUUCCACUUAGUAUCAGUGAUGUUUAAAAAGGCUAGUAUUUGUGCCUUAUUGAAAUGUCAUUACCAGUUACCAAAUAGACACAAGUCCAGAAUAAUAUUUUUGAUUCAACACUCUUCUCCUCUGUCCUUGUGCUAAUAUAAAGCUGUCUAUUGGCUACAUAUGCAGUAUUUUUAUUACCACAUUGAGUUCUCUAUUUAGAUAAAUCGUUCAGGUCCAGUACUUUUUACAAGUUUUAGACUUGUAUGCUUCUUAUUUGUGGAAAUUGUUCUAAUGUCAUUGAAAAUCAUCAGUGUUCCUCACCAGCUGCUGGUGAGAAUUGAAUGCUGUUUGGUCAGAGCUCCUGUGGUGGUUGUCAGAGUCCUCUUUUUUCCUAACACAUCAAGAUCUCAAAAAGCUUCCCAUUCCUCGUGUUGUAGGGAGAUAUCAGGUUAUGUGGUUAAGCUUUGUAGUCUGUUCUUAGACUUAGGAACAAAUUUCUGACCUAAACAGACAGUUCAUUUAACAUAGAUGUCUGCCUGAAAUGAGCUGUAUUGUUUUGAGGGAAAAAGAAAAUGCGGUAGAAAAAGAUUGCUGAAUUGUUCCAGUGAGAUACUGAAGCAGAGCCUGGGAGUCCCCAUGAGGGACUUUAUGGAAAUCCAGAUUUCAGAAUCCAGUUGUGGUGAUUCCAACCGAAUCAUACAGGCAAAAAUAGUUCUGCCUAUGGGAUAAAUCCCCUCUGGGAUUCUUGGAAUGGAUAAUAAUGUGUUGUCCCAGUCAAUGCCUUCCCAUCCAUGCAUAUAGCAUUGCAACGCUGUGGAAAACAGGGAAGAGCAGUACUGUGGGCAAUAAGGUGAUUCUUGCCUACCCUCUAUGCAUGCAGAGGGAAGGCAGUGGUGUGCUCUCCCAUCCCACAGAUUUGGAGAUUAUGUGGCUCCUAAAACUAGACUUGUUUUGAGGAAAAAAUGUUGUUGUAGAAGUUCUCAUAUAACAUUUUGACUGAAAUCUUCAUUGUCAUUUAGCAUUUCAUUGGUAGUGCUGCUCUUUGGUGGAAGAUGGGGUCCUCAAAAUCCCAUCAGUAGCUCUCUCAGGCAUGGUAAUGCAGACUUCAGAUGGAGCUUCAGACAUGCUGGGAGCUUCUGAAAAUCUCACCCAGUCUGUUAGAGAAAUGUUUUAGAGCUCAAAAAUCUGUUUUAGAUGUCUUUUUGGAUUUUAGAAUGAGCGUGUUACAGCUUCGUGUUCUUGUCAACUGUGUAAAGUUUUAGGCAAAAGAAAGCUAAGCCAGGUUUUUGAAACAGCUUCCAUUUUUCAACCUCCAAUCAGUCAUAUUCAGUCCUACAGAACAAUCUUUCUUCGGUGCAACUGUCUAAUCAAAUUGCUAGGAGCAUCUCAAAGCCUUUUUCUAUGCAUGUAAUUUGAAGAAACAUUUCAUGCAAUAAACAAAGUGCCAGUGCGAGGUCCUUUUGCAAAUGCACCCCUGUGAAAUCCUGCCUGUGGUACCCUGCCCAGCAGAAAGCCUCUGAAUUGCUGUCCUCCCCAACUGCGGGGAGAGACUGGGCUGCCCCUCAUUCCCAAGAGAGAUGUUUUCUCAUCUCUUGAUGCCAGCCCUCCGUCCAGGUGCAGUGAGACUUCAGUCAGCUUGCUCCCAGCAGGCUAGAACUUCAGCCUAAAUAACUGGGGCUACCAAAAAUGGUGUCAGAGGUAAGCAGCUUCAUUAUUGCAAAGCCUGGAGUGGUAAAAGCUGCCUGCUCCCACAGUGAAUCUUUGAAGUGUGAAUGUAGGAAUGCACCAGCAAAACCAGCGUGGAUGGAUGUGUGACUUGUCUGCUGUAACGUCGUCUUUGCUGCUAUUAGAUGUGUGUGUCUGCCAAGUGUUGCUCACCUGCUAACAGAAUCUGGGCUGGACAGAAUAUGUCCUUGUCCCCACCCCAAGGGUGUGGGCCAUAUCUUGUUCUUCAGGGUGGAUGAGAAUAAAGGAAUGAAAAAGGGAUGGUAUUUAUUUAUGUGUAAAACUUUCCUUGAUUUGCUUUGUAAUGUCUGUUUCAUAGUUUCAUCUGGUGGCCAGCUGAAAGUACUUAAUUAAGGACUUUCCUGGAGGCUGCUUAACUUCCUCUGAAUAGUUUCCUGAAAGGUACGUGGCCAGCAUGGUGUGGAGGGCCAGGUAGUUGACAGGGUUGCCAUUUUCAGCUGAGUUGGAAUAUGAAGCAGGUGACACAGCUGAAAGUUAUCCUCAGUUUUACUAUAGUAAAGGGUACUCAGAUUCACUUAUACUAUUCCCUAGGUCAAUACUAAAGAUAUUAGUAUUUAGAAUCCAGUGACAGUAUUAGCAUUUGAAAAUUGAGUUUGUUAUGGUUCUAUGUGAAUUGACAUUCUGUUAAAAAUAAGGGAGCUACUUGGUUUCAGGGGGAAUGUGUUGACUUUCAAAUCUUCAGUGAAUUUUGUGCAAUAUUUCUCCUUGUUUCAAAGUAAUUUAGUAGUUUUGAAUGUGCACAUCUGCUUUUCAAGCAGGUCUUUGAAAUUGUAUUUUUAGAAAAUGUGUAAAAUUACAUGUAGCACUGAAACAUGGUUGUAAGAUAAAAAUAUGAAGAAUAUAUUCUAAUGAGGCAAAUGUAUAUUUCCAAUGACCAGGAAUAAUUAUGGAUGUCACAUUCUACAGAAAUAAUAAAGCUUGAGCCGGUGUUUAUGUACAAGUGGGUAAUCUUAAAACUGUAUCCACUUCAGCUGAGAUAGGAUUAAAUAUUAGAAUUCGUAAUCUUUAGUUAUAAUUUGAUCACUUUUUCCUAUAAUUGUUAAAAAUAAACAAGGAGUUAGGCACUGCUUUUCAUUAGCACCAAUGAGGGGACAGGUCAGGAUGAUGACCUGAUAGUUAUUAUGAAUUUAGUUUGUGACAUCCCUAAUUAUCAUAAGUCAUUACUUAAAAAAAUCUACUAAUGUUGCCAGUAUCCUUUUAAUUUUCUGUAAAUUAAUAUCUUUGUAUACUGAUGUACAUUUUGUUUUAACCUUUGGUUUUCCCUGGAGAGCUUCUUUAAAUUAAUUUACUUGUAUGAGGCAAUAAAGCACUGUGGAACAGCUAGUCUUGGUGCAGCUAAUGCACAAGAGCAUUGCAUCUGUUACUUUAUGGUUUUUGAGGAGGAAAUUUAAAAUGCCUAGAUGUUUAGCAAACUGGUCGUUUGUGUUUGUCUGCUUUUUUAAGACCCGUCUCAGUUAUGAUGAGAAAUUCUCACUGUGGAAAAAGACACCUUGUAUAUCCAAUCACUUCUAAUUUUUCCAGCACAUUUUAUUAGUGACUUUUGAAAUCAAUGUUAAUGUCCUUAUGUUUUUUAAUACCUAUAAAAAAGAUAUAAAAUACAGUGCAUUUUGAGGUUUUAUUGACCAUUUUUAAUGAUUUUGCAGACAUAAAGAAGCCUAACCAGCAUUAUGCUAACAGGUUUAGCAUUUUAGUUAAUCACUGGCUGUUAAUACAACUGGAACCAAACCUAAAAAUGUAUUCCAUGCUUUUGCACCCUCUGGACUACUGUUCAAAAUCAUCUCAAGAAUUGUAUUUCAGACCUUAGACUACUCUUAGUAGUGCACUGUGUAAUGUGUAGGAAAAGAGCUGUGAGUUUGUUUGGUUUUGUUUAAUUUGGAGGGGAGAGGGCUGGUGUUUUCCAGGUUUAUGGUUGUCAGUAGAAGUUGUUGGUGAAGUCCACAUUGCCAUCAAGUGCCCAACACUGUAUUAUAAAAUAAAACUUAUCGAUAUUUAACAACUUGGGUGAUC